AUUUUCUAUCGACUGAGUGACGUUCAAUUGUUAGUACUCGUGGCAUCUUAUGCAUUUCUGCUUUUCCAUUUUAUCCUACUUCUCCCUCUCUCUUGUUCAAAGCAACGUCAUAUCUGAAACCAGUGUAAACAAUCAACAAUGGCGGGUGAAGAGGUGAGCAACAAGCAGGUUAUCCUAAAACAUUACGUCGUUGGGUUUCCUAAAGAAUCAGACAUGGAGGUUAAAAUUUCCAACAUUACUCUCAAAGUUCCUCAAGAUUGUAACAAUUGCUUCCUUCUUAAAAACCUGCAUUUGUCCUGUGACCCUUAUAUGAGGGGUCGUAUGACCAAGCAUGACCGCCCCACUUAUGUCGAUUGUUUCAAAAUUGGCUCGCCUAUCAUGGGUUUUGGAGUGUCCAAAGUUCUGGACUCUCGGCAUCCAAAUUUCAAGGCAGGUGAUCUUGUAUGGGGAAUGACAGGAUGGGAAGAAUAUAGUCUAAUUACGUCUUCACAAUCUUUCUAUAAGAUUGAGCAUACAGAUGUACCCCUUUCCUACUAUACAGGGAUUCUUGGUAUGCCUGGCAUGACAGCGUAUGCUGGUUUCUAUGAAGUUGGAUCUCCCAAGAAGGGAGACCGAGUCUUUGUAUCUGCAGCUUCUGGUGCUGUUGGUCAACUAGUUGGACAAUUUGCAAAAUUAACUGGUUGCUAUGUUGUUGGAAGUGCUGGUAGCAAAGAUAAGGUUGAUCUUCUAAAAAGCAAAUUUGGAUUUGAUGAAGCGUUCAAUUACAAGGAAGAGGAAGACUUGGAUGCAGCUUUGGGAAGGUAUUUCCCAGAGGGCAUUGAUAUUUACUUCGAGAAUGUUGGAGGAAAGAUGCUGGAUGCUGUCCUAAUGAACAUGAGACUCCAUGGCCAAAUUCCCGUUUGUGGAUUGAUAUCACAGUAUAAUCUGGAACAGCCAGAGGGUGCACAUAACCUAUUAAAUCUUAUCACAAAACGCAUUCGAAUGGAAGGAUUUUUAGUUACUGAUUACUACCAUUUGUACCCUAAAUACCUGGAAAUGAUCCUACCUCUAAUCAAGGAGGGCAAGAUUUCAUAUGUUGAAGAUGUUGUUGAAGGCUUAGAAAACGCUCCUUCAGCCUUGAUUGGCCUUUACUAUGGCCGUAAUGUGGGCAAGCAGCUUGUUGUGGUUGCUCGUGAUUAAGCUCUGCCGAGUGAGCAAUGCAUACCUUGUAAACCUUCCAGGAAGCCAUUUGUGGGAUACAAUUUGUUGUGUUGAUUGAGGCUGUUAGUUAUGACGUUGGAAGUAAACUUCUGCGGUACGUAUUUUCCGAAGACAUGUAUAUGAUGUAUCUGUAUUUAAUUAUAUAAUCCUUGGCGUGACCCUUGGCGCACUGAUUCAAGUGUCGUUACGUGAUUGAAUGGUUAUGGGCUAAAGUCCUAGAAGCAGCCUCUUGCAAGUUACAAAUACGUAGGAUAUGAUUUGCCUCCAUUACACCCCUGUGGUGGGAUCCUUCUCCUGACCCGCACUUCAAGAGGACGCUCUGUGCACACAGAUGGCCUUUUAUCAAUUUUUGGUUAGCUAAAACAAUUGAUACAUUAAAUAUCAAAUAUUUAAAUCUAAUUUGUGCUAGAUUUUGAAAAACGGGCUAUGACUAUGUAAGUGUUGUGAAACGAGAAGGGUAUUUUUGAUGUAAUUUUAAACGCAUUGGUUCUUAACAUCUCAAUAGUUCACCAA